AUGUCUUCAACAACACAAUUAGCGAUCCUAAAUGUUGUCCCGCAAUCAUCCUUCAGCAUGCUGGUCAUAGGCUUUGGAACUGCUGCCUUUGAAACUGAUGAGGGUGACGUCCAUAAAUUGGCGGUGAUGGAGGCCAUCAAGCUCGAUUACAGGCACUUCGACACUGCUUCUAUAUAUGGCUCCGAACAGGCUCUGGGAGAAGCCAUUGUUGAAGUCCUUAAACUUGGUCUCAUAAGCUCCAGGGAUGAACUUUUCAUCACUUUCAAGUUAUGGUUAUCUGAUAACCAUCCCGAUCUUGUUCUUCCUGCUCUAUGCAAAUCACUUCAGUAA